AUGAAGCAAAAACCCUCACUUUUUCAUAAUCCUAUUGUUAAUAAAUCAAAUAGGGGAAGAAAUUCCGGAAAAGCCAUAGCCGUGAGCGAUCCAGUGGACACAACUGGAAAAAAACAUUUUAUGGUAGUUAAAAGUUCUAAGCCUUCGACGCCAAAAAAAAAAUCACCAAAGGCUUCAGAAAAUCCUAGUAAUAAAUAUUAUUGCAGAAAUUGUGAGCAAAAAGAUAAAGAUGUCGAAGCUCUUAAAGUAAAAUUAGAAAUAGAAGAAGAUUUAUUUAACUUACAUAAUCAAAAUAAUAACGAGAUGUUUGAAAGAAUUGAAAUACAAAAUCAAAUGCUAUUACAAUCUUUAGCAAAUAUUAAUGAAAGAAUAGGAAAAGUAGAAGGGUUAUUAAAUUUACCUAAUACAACAAUUUUAUCUUACGUUGGGACGGAUGACACUUUUGGGAUGCAAAGCCUAAUCCCGUAUGCACAAGUAGAUUUUGCAAUUAACCAACAACCUUAA